UCAGCGGGUGACCUCGCCUCGCCUCUCCGCCUCGUCCAGAAGUUGCUCCUCCUACCAAGCAGCGCCGUGUUGAUGUCGCCCAUCCUCUUUGCCGUUUGAUCAAAUUAAUUCAAACUUUUUCCCCCCAAAAAGCUGAUUGUGACAUGGCUUACACCACAGCAGGUGGGACCAAGAAGAAGGUCUGCUACUACUACGACGGUGACAUAGGAAAUUAUUACUACGGACAAGGUCAUCCCAUGAAGCCGCACCGCAUCCGGAUGACCCACAACCUUCUUCUGAACUACGGGCUGUACAGAAAGAUGGAGGUCUAUCGACCACACAAGGCCACUGCAGAUGAGAUGACCAAGUACCACAGUGACGACUACAUCAAGUUCCUCAGAUCCAUCCGGCCGGACAACAUGUCUGAGUUCAGCAAGCAGAUGCAGCGAUUCAACGUUGGGGAGGACUGCCCUGUGUUUGACGGCUUGUUUGAGUUCUGCCAGCUGUCUGCAGGGGGCUCUGCUGCUGGCUCGGUGAAGUUGAACCGUCAGCAGACGGACAUUGCAGUGAACUGGGCCGGAGGACUGCACCACGCCAAGAAGUCUGAAGCUUCAGGCUUCUGCUACGUCAAUGACAUUGUGUUGGCCAUCUUGGAGCUGCUCAAGUACCACCAGAGGGUGCUCUAUAUUGAUAUUGACAUCCACCAUGGCGAUGGAGUAGAGGAAGCUUUCUACACCACAGACAGAGUCAUGACUGUGUCCUUUCAUAAAUAUGGGGAGUACUUCCCUGGAACCGGAGACCUCAGGGACAUUGGAGCUGGAAAAGGCAAAUAUUACGCUGUCAACUUCCCACUGAGGGACGGCAUCGACGACGAGUCCUACGAGAAAAUCUUCAAACCUGUGAUGGCCAAAGUGAUGGAAAUGUACCAGCCCAGCGCUGUGGUGCUCCAGUGUGGCGCCGACUCUCUGUCUGGAGAUCGCCUCGGCUGCUUCAACCUCACCAUCCGAGGUCACGCCAAGUGUGUGGAGUACAUGAAGUCGUUUAACCUGCCACUGCUGAUGCUGGGUGGAGGAGGAUACACGAUCCGGAACGUGGCUCGAUGCUGGACCUAUGAGACGUCCGUCGCUCUGGAUACAGACAUCCCUGAUGAACUUCCAUACAAUGACUAUUUUGAGUACUUUGGACCUGACUUCAAGCUGCACAUCAGCCCCUCCAACAUGACAAACCAGAACACAAUGGAGUACAUGGACAAGAUCAAGCAGCGGCUGUUUGAGAACCUGCGGAUGCUACCUCAUGCCCCUGGGGUCCAGAUGCAGGCCAUCCCAGAGGACGCUGUCCCAGAGGACACGGUGGACGAGGACACCGAGGACCCUGACAAACGCUUGUCCAUUCGUGCCACAGAUAAGAGGAUAGCCUGUGAUGAAGAGUUCUCCGACUCUGAGGAUGAGGGGCAGGGGGGCAGGAGGAACACAGCCAAUCACAAGAAGGGCACCAAAAGACCAAAAGUGGAGGAGGCAGAGGAGGAGGAGAGCGAGGAAAAGAAAGCAGAUGUGAAAGAAGAGGAUAAUACAAAAGACAGCGGCUCAGAAAAGGCUGAAUCCAAAGGAACGGUGAAGAACGAGCAGAACAGCAGCACCUGAAGUCUCCAUCUUAACCAUGUUUGACCCAGCCAGUGCUGUCCUUUGUCAUGGAUCCAUCUGUCUGCUGAGAUGUUGUUUAGAGCGUUAUAUUUAUUGUGAAUCUCAUGUUUUUUGAUAUGUAAAUCUCAGCAUUCACCAUUUAUCUUUGCCAGAAAUCCUUUUACAUCAAAGGAUGUAAAAGGACUAAAAAAUACAUCUUUUUUAGUCUGUCUGUCUGAGACCAGGGCGGAAUCUGAGGAUGAACAUGUCCUGCUUUUGAUUGAAAUUUUCAUAUUUUAAAUAAAACUUUUUAUACUGUU